UCUUCUUCAAGGAUAAGAUCUGAUGGGAUAAAUAUUGACUCCUUGGACAUGAACUGAAAGCAUCCCAGAAAAACAUCUCUUGCAGAUACAAUUUCUUUCUUUGGUAUCUCCUACUUACUUUCAUCCCUUUUCUACUUACUUGAGAUCAUUACCAUCCAACAAUGGCUUUGGCUCUUGUUUCUGGUGUCUUACAACAAUUGGCAACCAUCAUCCAGGAGGAGAUCGAUCAAGAGGUACGACUUGUCAUCGGUGUGGAAAAGGAAAUCGAAGUGCUCUCCACUACCUUUGCAACAAUCCGGGCUGUGCUUAAGGAUGCUGAAGAGAGGCAAUUCAAGGAUGAAUCAGUGGGGCUUUGGUUGCAAAAUCUGAAAGACGUAGCCUAUGAUAUUGAUGAUGUGUUGGAUGAGUGGAGCACUGAAAUUCUUCUUAAAUCACAAAUAGACCAUGACGCUGCUCAUGCUUCUCGUGUCAGUGUCAGUCCAUUUAAGAAGGUAUGCCUCUUUUGCAACUUCUUUUCUCCUUGCUGCAAUUGUUUCAAGCAAAUUGGUUUGCGCCAUGACAUUGGUCAUAAGAUAAAAGAGAUAAAAGAAAGAGUGGAUAAGAUUGCAACUGAGAAAAAUAAGUUCGGUUUUAUUGAAACUGGCAGUAGAAAUGAAAAUAUAGAUCAUGAGACGUCAAGGAGGAGACUAGAAACUAGCUCCUUCGUUGACCUUAAUGAGGUAUUUGGUCGUGAUAUGGAAAGAGAAACCAUAAUAAGCAAGUUGCUAAGCGAGGGCAGUAAACAAGUAGAGGUGGUUUCUGGAGUUCCCAUCAUCUCCAUUGUGGGUAUGGGAGGUAUGGGCAAAACUACACUUGCCCAACUUGUGUUCAAUGAUGAUAGGGUGAAGAACCAUUUUAAUAAGAGAAUGUGGAUAUAUGUUUCUCAAUCUUUUGAUAAGGUGAAGGUUGCCAUGCAUAUUAUUAGAGAAAUUGGUGGAAACAUUAAUGUCACCCAAGGUUGUGAGAUGGCAUGGGAAGAUGUGCAUCGUCAAUUGACUAGUGCUGUUGAUGAAAAACAUUUCCUACUCGUCCUAGACGAUGUAUGGAAUGAAGAUCAUAUGCAAUGGGAUCCAUUGAAGUUUUCUCUCAAAUAUGGUUCUCAUGGAAGUAGAAUAAUUGUGACAACACGCAACGAGAGGGUUGCAAACAUGAUGGGUAGUACAUAUGUCCAUAGAUUAGGAAUAAUGUCUGAAGAAGCAUGUUGGUCAUUGUUGAGACAUUAUGCCUUUGUUGGAAGGCAAGAAGAAGCAUGUGAGAAAUUGAAAGAAAUUGGCAUAGAGCUUGCAAAGAAGUGUAACGGAUUGCCUCUUUCGGCAAAGACUUUAGGAAGUCUUUUGUGCUUCAAAGAGUCGAAACAGGAUUGGCAAAAUGUGUUGGAAAAUGAUUUAUGGAAGAUUAUAUCAACAGUUGAUAAACCAAUCUUGCCAGCUCUGUUACUCAGCUAUAAUGAUUUACCCUCUCAUUUGAAACAAUGCUUUGCAUAUUGUUCUCUCACCCCGAAAGGUUAUACCAUUAACAAAGCAAGCACAAUUGCAGCAUGGAUGGCACAAGGCUUUCUUAGCGAUAGCUUGGCAACAAGUGGUAGAGAUUUGAUUAGAGUGGGUGAUGAGUACUUCAAUAAUUUGGUCAUGCGAUCAUUUUUUCAAAAGGAUGUUACAAAAUCAAGAGGAAAAUACCAAAUUUUUGGUAUGCAUGAUGUUGUCUAUGAUUUUGCAAAAUCCCUUGUAAAGAAUGAAUGCUUUACUUUGAUUGUCAAAGAUACUAAUGCUCAGGAAUUUAACUUUAGCAAAGCCCGUCAUUUAUUUCUAUCAAUAGAAGAGACACAAAUGGUUCCUUCUUUCAUUUACAAGGCAAAGAAACUGCGCACUCUUGUAAUCCAUGGGCAAAUUCCUUCAGUUUCUUCUGAGUUAUUUCUUCACUUAACAUGUCUGAGGACAUUAGUUCUAAGUGAGACUAACAUUGAAGAGCUUCCAAAUGAGAUAGAAAAGUUGUUACAUCUGAGGUACCUUUCCUUGAUCCGUACAAGGUUUAGAGAAUUACCUAAAACAGUGACUAGUUUGUACAAUUUGCAAGUAUUACACCUUAGCCGAUGUAGUAAUCUUUGUAAACUACCUGAAGGGAUUGGGAGAUUGGUCAAUUUGAUACAUCUUAAUCUGAGAGAAAGUCGCCAACUAAGUUACUUUCCGGAAGGAAUUGGGAGAUUAAGCAAACUGUGUAAUUUGUCAAACUUCAUUAUUGGUGGAGUGGAAAGAGGAGGAUGUAAGAUUGGAGAAUUGAAAGAUCUCAACUUGCUCAAAGAUUCUCUAAUUAUAAUAGGUUUGGGGAGAGUGCAAAAUGGAAAUGAGGCUAAGAUGGCAUGCUUGAAGAAUAAGCAAUACCUUCGUGCUUUAUAUUUCUAUUUUAAUCAAUAUACAGGUGUUUCACGAGUUGAUGAGAAUGUCGAUGAUGAAGAAGGUGAAAACAAUGAAAAUGUAGAAGAAGAAGUAGAAGAUGGGGAAGGUAAAAUAGAAGAAGUUGUCGAUGGAGACGGUAAAAUAGAAGUAGAAGUUGUUAUUGAUGGAGAAGGGAAAACAAAAGAAGAAGUUGAUGAAGAAAAUUAUUUUUCGAGGAGGAUGGAAGAUGUGCUGGAAAGUCUCCGACCACAUCCGAACCUUGAGAAACUAGCAAUUACAGAUUACCCUGGUGAUGUGUUCCCAAAUUGGAUGGGUAGUCACACGGACUUCAUGACUUUUUCCAAUCUGAUUUUCUUGGAACUACAUGGGUGCAGAAAGUGUAAACAAUUGCCUCCAACUAUAGGGAAACUACCAUCCCUUGAAACCCUUGUAAUAGGUGUAAUGGAUAAGGUAAAAUUCAUGGGUUUUGAGUUUUUUGGAAUCGAUGGUGCUACAACAACAAAUGACGACUGUGGGGUUGACACAUUAUUAUUCCCAAAGUUGAAAGUAUUUCAACUGGGUGUGAUGCAGAAAUUGGAGGAGUGGAAUGUAAGAGUACAAAAAGAAGAUGGGAAACAAUUCAUCUUUAUGCCGUGUCUCCAGUAUCUUGUUCUUAUUGAUUUGCCCAAGUUGAGGUCUUUUCCACAGCACCUUACCCAGACUACAUCCCUGAGGAAAUUGUUCAUAUGGCGCUGUCCAAAGUUGAAUUGGAUGCCAUCAUCUCCAUCCUCCCAUCUUCCUUUUCUAUACGUGGAGGAGUUGAUUUUAAAAGAGGAUGCAGGUUCAUUUUCAAAGUCAUUAGUAUCAAACAACCACUUGUUUCUGCCUAAGCUGAAGUUGCUACGUGUGAGACAAUCACCUUACUUGUUGUUACCCCAAGGCUUAAAGCAACUCACAUCACUUGAGAUUCUGGAUAUCCGAACAUGUUCUAAGAUCAAGUCAAUACCUAAAGAGGAGUUGCAGCAUCUCACUUCACUCCAAGAGUUGACGAUCAUGUGGUGUCCUGCCUUGAGACGACGUUGCCAAAAGGAAACAGGGGAAGAUUGGAGCAAGAUAUCCCACAUCCCAAAAAUCUUCAUCGAUGGCGAGAAGAUCAAAUGAAGAGCAAAUUCCACAACAAUCAGAGAGUGAACAAACGAGAAGCGGACGGGAGACAGACACAUCACAUUCUUGAAAGUUGCAGGCCAUCACUUUUAUGAAAGCAUAUGGUGUGCUGCUCAAGGAACGCAUUUCAGAGGAGUUGCCCUGCAAGGAUUGCCUAACUUGAUUUUAAUCAUCAAAUGACAGAAAAUCAAUAAUUUUCCUAUGAAAAUUCAAAGGUUCAUGCAAUGAAUGUGGCAAAGGAUGUGAUGAGUUGGCUGCAAAACUUUGGGCAUACCACCAUACUGUACAGACUUAAGGCAGAUAAGCAGCAUUAUCAAAAGAGGGUGGAUUUUGUCCAAGAAGUUGACCCAAGCUGCCUCAGACGGUGAUUAUGCGAUAUUCCGUAAUGCCCAUCUUGCAUGAUUUCCCAAUUUGUGCUUCAUAGAUUUGGCGAAGUCAAUGGGACUUGGGAUGAAUAUAUAGAUUACUGUGUUAGAGAUCACUAGCAUGUCUUACAUAGAGCUAUCUCAUGAACUCAUACAGUAUUUACCUAAAUUAUGGGGUUAGAUGUUUACAGGGGAACCAUCUGCAACAACUUCGAAGCUGGGGUUAUUGAGCCUGCAAUGAGCAAAGUGAAGAUUUUACAGACAAACAUGAUCAAGGUCAUCAAAGAUGAACGUGAAAAUGAAGAAUAGUAGGACUGCCACCCAUGACAUGACACGAGUUACAGUUUUGCUCAAUUUGGUGUUGGGUGCUGGAGGAAGGGGUGGCUGACUAUUGUUCAACAUACGGUGUUUCAUGGGUUGAUGAGGAUGGUAAUGAUAAAGAAGGAGAAAAAGAAGUCAUCAAUGGAGAAGGUAAAAAAGAAGAAGUAGUUGAUGGAUAAGGUAAAAAGAUGCGGGUUCAUUUUCAAAUUCAUUACUACCAAACAAC